CCCGAUUUUUAGGUUAAGAGACUCGACUUUGAGGUUAAAAUCAACCCCGGAGAAAUCGACCAUCAGUGAAAAUUAUUUUCCGUGAAUUUCGACUCGAGCGUCGACGUAUUUAAGGAGCAUUAUUCUGAGAUUUUUCAUUCUGAUUCGAGGCUUGUGAUUUUUUUUUAUUUUCUUUUUUUUUAGAGGGAGAGGCGCUCUCUUUGAAGCAACCCUGCUCGUGUGUGAAGUGCUUCCUGCCCACGAUCGUUUCGCACCGGUGUAAACCACUUCCGUCGACUGCCCUGCUCUCCAAGGAAUAAAAGCAAACAGUGACCGUGCGUGGAUGGCUUCGAUCCGUGUUUAAAUAUAAUUUUUCGCCGCGAAGGAGUGUUACGUUCGAUUUGAAAAUCGACCAUGUCGUACAGAGGAGCUUCCAUGGGCCAGCAUGAGGUCGAAACUGACGUGCAAAAUCUACGGGAACAAUUGGAGCAGAUGAGGAGCCUGGUGAACGACCACGCGCAUAUCCUGGAGGGCUCCGAGAAAGGGAAGAAGAAGAAGGCGAACCAAGACAGCAUUAUCAACGGUUCUUUCCUCAGUUUCAUGUUCCUUACUGUAUUCAUGAUGAUCAUGGGCGUCUCUAUCUAUGCCUUCAAGAGCCUCUUCGCCGCCAUCAUUAAAAAAUUCAACCACACGCAUACCGAGCUAUGAAAUGGCGAGUCCGUCGCCUUCUAGAGUGCAGUGGCCAUUCUAGUAAGUUGGCAAUACUGGUUUCGCUCCCAUUUAAUGCAAUUAUAAAUAAUCGAUGAUGUGCGAUUCAAGGUAUCGAUUGUUUUACAUACGGUAAAACUGUUAAAGCCGAGUAUUACCAACUCGCUAUAAGUGCCACUCUGCCAUGCUGAGGGAAUACGGCGUAUGAACAUUCGAGAGUUGCCAAAUUUCCCUCGAUAAAAUGUUUAUUUUUGAGGAACAUUCUGAAUACUUUUCCUUGAAAU